AUGACGUCAAUAGAUGGUUUAAUUCAAAAAGCUCCGGCUGAAAUGCGUACAAAGCUCAUGCAACAUUUUCAGAUAGCUAAAGAAUAUGAAAAGAAUCCAGAAACAGCUGCUGUUGCUUAUUAUUGUCUCAUGUACAUUGCUCAUGAAAGUUUAAAAGCUGGAAAAGAACAAAAGCCAUUUGCCGCACAAAUGAAGAGAACAUAUGCCGAUGACGAAUUAAUCAAAUCAAUGGCAACUGGUCAACAAGUCAUUGAAGAACUCGUUACAGUUUUGACCGGUGAAACGAACGAGAUUGAAAAUGACGAACAAAAAAGUGCCGAUCAACUUCGGAUUUUAAUGAGAAAAUAUUAUACAAUCGGCGGACUGACAGAUGUCUUAUCGGUCUUCGGUCCCGUAAAAGACGAUUUUGUUGCACUUGGAAAAAUGUCAAAAAGUCGUGCAGUAUCAAUAUUUCGUGAAUUAAAAAGUGGUGCUGGAUUAGGUGGAGGAUCAUCAUCAGCAGCUGCGGCCAAACCACCUGAGAAUACAACCUUCGGCGCGGGACAACCGCCCAAUGCUUAUCGACCCCCAUCUCCACCGCGAACUAACUUACCACCACAAAAACCACCUGCACCUGCUGCUACUGGUGGCGGCAAUUAUGGAUUUUAUGGUGCCAGUGGUUACGAUCAACCAUCAACUGAAUUGCAUGCUCCGCACGAGAUCAUCGCCCAAGCACAAAAACUUUGUCGUUAUGCAAAUUCUGCACUAGAACAUGAAGACAUUUCAACAGCUUUCAAAAACUGUGAACAAUCAAUUUUAUUAAUCAUGACGAAUGAAUUAGAUGAAAUUAUACUACCAGAAGAAUUAAAAAAGUAUCGUACAUUAUAUUUAAAAGCUGAAGAAGCUGGUCAGUUAACCGAACAAAAUCGAUUUUCCUAUUCCUAUUGUCUUGUACGAAGUAAAGUCAAAGAUGAUAUACGGAGUGGUUUAGCUAUAUUAAGAUCAUUAUAUGAUGAAACAAAUAAAGAUGAUGCUAAACGAGAUUAUCUUUACUAUAUGGCAAUUGGUGAAGCACGUCUCGGAAAUUAUGAAUCAAGUUUGAAAUAUUUAGAUGCUAUAUUACAUGUUCAAUCAAAAAAUCACCAAGCAUCAAAUUUAAAACACGAAGUAGAACGACGUAUGAAUGUUGAAGGUGCCAUUGGUCUCGGAGUUACUAUUGGUGCUGGAGCAUUGAUUGUUGGCGGUUUAGCAGCUGCAGCAGUUGCUAUAUUGAAAAAAUAA